AUGAAACUCACACACCUCGUCUCUUUCGCUGCUUUAGCAGCAGCGGAAAGCAUCUCACACUCCUCAUCACCGACUCCGCUCACGAAUAGUACCAUCUUCGCCCCGCCUUCCGAUUACAAUAUUCCUCGAACACUAUACGCUCGCAACGAGCAACUCCCUAAUGGAGAUCUCCUUGCCACAUGGGAAAAUUACUCUCCGGAGCCUCCCUUAGUUUACUUCCCUAUCUAUCGCUCCAAAGACUUCGGUAAAACAUGGUCGGAGCUAUCUAAGGUCCACGACACCGUCAAUGGAUACGGACUGCGAUAUCAACCAUUCCUCUAUUAUCUUCCCGAGGUUAUUGGGUCCUUCAAGGCUGGAACUCUUCUUCUAGCCGGAAACAGUAUCCCAGAAGAUCUUUCCUCUACACACUUAGACUUGUAUGCAUCACACGAUGAUGGAGUAACUUGGAAGUUUGUGAGCCAUAUCGCGGCAGGAGGGGAGGCGGUACCGGACAAUGGGUUGACUCCGGUGUGGGAGCCGUUCUUGCUUGCUCACAAUGGCAAAUUGAUCUGUUAUUACUCAGAUCAACGAGCAAACACCACCCACGGACAGAAAUUGGUUCACCAGGUCUCUACUGAUGGAAAGAAGUGGGGGCCUGUUGUGGAUGAUGUUGCAUACCCCACUUACACUGACCGGCCGGGGAUGCCAACUGUUCUCCCCAAUGGCCAGUACAUCUAUUUCUACGAAUAUGGUUCCUUUUUCGACACUGCAACUUAUUCAUUCCCGCUCUACUACCGCCUGUCAUCGGACCCUGAAGACUUUGCGUCCUCUGAAGGAAUCGCUCUAGUUGCAUCAAGUGGUACCGUUCCUACCUCUUCUCCAUAUGUUGUGUGGACGGAAUACGGCGGCAAGAAUGGCACAAUAAUUGCAAGCUCCGGAACACAGAGCAAUAUCUUUAUCAAUCAGGCUCUGGGCGAGGGAGAAUGGACCGAAAUCGCAUCUCCUGAAUCUGCCAGCUAUACCCGGUCUUUAAGGAUUCUGUCUGAAGGCAAUGGUCGGUAUCUGGCCAUUAAUGGUGGAGGUGUGCUCGGGGGAACUAGCAACACUGUGUCGAUGAGCGUGAUGGAUCUUAAGAAGGCUCUUUGA